UCUUCAGCUAGAGAGAGAAACUGUAAAGCGAUAAUCUACCAGUGGAAUUGAGUGUGUCAAUUGGAACGCCUUUUCUUCAAUCUUCUUAAGCCUUUGUUACUGCUUAUCUCUGAUUUUCUGCAAGUUUUUGGAAUCUUCUUCUUCGAUUAGAGGUUUUCAGCUGAGUAUGGUUGAGUGAGAUCAACAGAGAAGGAGAACAUCUAGUUUCCUAGAAAGUAAAUUUCUCUUAAGAGUACAAUUAGAAAAGAAGGUGCAAAAUGGGAAAUGAUAUGGAAUCAAAGACUUCCAAGUCUGAGAAGGUCCCUUCACCUCCAGUGGUGGAUCAGCCUAAUGUCCAAGUCUAUCCUGAUUGGGCUGCUAUGCAGGCAUAUUAUGGUCCUAGGGUUGCUAUGCCUCAGUUCUUCAAUUCGGCUGUUGUUUCAUCUGAUCACCCCCCUCACCCGUUCAUGUGGGGGCCACCGCCACAGUCAAUGAUGCCAAUGUCACCUUAUGGGGUACCUUAUGCGGCAAUCUAUGCACAUGGAGGAGGCAUCUAUGGUCAUGCUCAUCCUGGUGGUGUUCCUGUUCAGGUUCAAAUUGCAGAUGUAGAAACCCCUAAUACUAAGUCAUCAAAUAACACAGAGCAAGGUUUAGUGAAGAAAAUGAAGGGAUUUGAUGGACUAGCUAUGUCUAUAGGUAACAACAAUGCUGACAGUAGUGGUGAUGCUGGAGCUAACCGUAUUGAAUCAAACAGCAGUUCAGAAACAGAUGGGUCUAGUAAUGGUGGAAGUAGCGGGAAUACUGCAGGGGUGCGACGAAAUGGUAAUAAAAAGCGAAGGCGUGAAGAAACACCUACAACUGUAGAUGGAGAUGGAAACACUGAAAUACAUAAAUCUGAAGUCCUGCUUGGGUCAAAACCGACUACAAGAAAUGUCCUGCAGCCUUGUGCCAUAGUGACAAGUGAAACGUGGUUACAGAACGAGAAGGAGUUGAAAAGGGAGAGAAGAAAACAGUCCAACCGCGAAUCUGCAAGGAGGUCCAGAUUGAGGAAGCAGGCUGAAGCUGAAGAACUAUCUAAAAGAGUGGAUAGCCUGUUAUCAGACAACAGUUGUCUAAAAUCUGAAAUCAAGAGCUUAAGAGAGAAAUCAGAGAAACUGAAACUGGAAAAUGUUACACUAUCAGAGAAGGUAAAAAAAGGUGGAAUUUCGGAACCAAAGUCUAAGGCGGGAGUGAAGCUCCGUCAGUUACUGGUGAACGCGGUAGCUGGGGGAUGAACCGAACUGAAGUGAUAAAUUGUAGGUAGAAUGGAUAAUUAUGUUGAUAAUAUAAUGUAGUAAUUUAGUUUUGGCCCAAAAUUGGUGCUUUUUCUAUAAAAGAGGAAGAAGAAGAAGAGGAUUAAUGCUUAGGAGAUAUAUAGAUUUAUUAUAUGAUGCAUAGAGAAGUGUGAGAUAAAUGCAUAAAAGCAUUUGGAAACACUACUCUAGUGAACUACUAUUACUACUAUAGUUUUAUGAGAAUUGCUACAUUAUUUAGACUAAUUAAUAUAUGGCUUGUUGUAACUCUUAUUUACUACUAA